AUGGGCAUCUUUGGAUCGAAAGAAUCCCUUCACACGGGCACAAUGGGACGAUUGAAUGAAAAUAUGCGAUUGUACAGAAUGGUUGAUAUGCAUGGUGGAGGAGAGCUCAUUUCUUGGAUGAGAUAUGCAAUGACAUCUGGUGAUCACUCGAUAAUUGAUGGAUAUCUGGACUCAAAAGUCAAAGACUUUCUCAACAAAAAUGGCGAAGGAAUACUCGUUUCAGUGGCUGAAUUGGUGAAGAUCAGAAAUAAGCAAAGAAAUGCGAUGUUGUCGGCGUUUGCGCGAAAAAAGGGAAAAGGAAAAUUAGGGCCGAAUCUUUUGGAUGAAUUCGACCAAGACGCGGGAAAUGUUGGAAAUCUGAAAAAGGCUCUAAGCUUCUUCGAUGGCGGUAGUCGAGGGGCUUAUCGAGAUGUAUGUUGGAAGUUGGAGGAAAGAGGUUCAAUGGGCGAAACUCUACUCGGCGUUUGCCUUCUCCAGGGCACAGCCAUUCAUAACGCGUUGGCGUUGAAGCUCUUGAACAAAUAUCCAAAUUUAAUCAAUGAUUACAAUAUUUCGGAAGAUUAUUACGGUCUCUCACCUUUACAUCAAGCAAUCGUCAAUGAGGAUCCACGGAUGGUUCGGGUUCUUUUGAGGCAAGGAGCUGAUGUGAAUAAGAGGUGUUACGGAGCGUUUUUCUGUGCCGACGAUCAAAAGGACAGCCGCACUGACUCAUUGGAGCACGAGUAUGUUGAAUUGAGUUUAAAGACGAACUAUACCGGCCAUAUGUACUUUGGUGAGUACCCACUUCAUUUCGCUGUUUGUAUGAAUCAACCCGAGUGCUAUCGGCUUCUUUUAGCACAAAAGGCUAAUCCCAAUGCUCAGGAUACAAAUGGGAACACAGUGUUGCACAUGUGUGUCAUUCACGAGAAUGUCGAAAUGUUGAGAAUGGCCGUCUCGCUUGGUGCAAGUCUGAAAAUAACAAAUCGUCAAGGAUUAACCCCAUUGACUCUCUCAGCAAAAUUGGCGAAGAAACAAAUGUUUAUCGAACUGUUGGAUAUGGAGAGUGAAGCCGUUUGGGUUUAUGGAGAGAGUUCACAGACAGCAUUUCCACUGGGAAAUAUUGAUACAAUCAAUCAGGAGACAGGAGAAAUGAAUGAGAAUUCGGCGUUGGCGCUUGUUGUUUAUGGGGAAACCUCUGAACACCUUGAACUUCUUGAUGGACUUCUCGAGAACAUUCUCCAAUCGAAAUGGGAUUCCUAUGCACGGAUGACAUGGAUCUACUCGUUAUCUGCUUUUACUUUUUACUACUUAAUCUUUUACAUGGCUUUCAUGAAUCGUCCAUUCUCAAAAACAACUGAGAUGAUUACAAAAGGGAUGGUGAAUGGGAGUUCGGGAAAGGCGAUGUUCACAAAUUUCUACACAAAACUACGAAUCAACACAAGUUUACACGAGGAUUUCUAUAGCUAUCAAUAUGAUGGUUUCGAUGAACAAGAGUCUCAAUGUCAUCUCAGCAACUACAGCCGUUUACCCUUUGUUCAGGGAUAUUUUCGUCUUUUCUGUGAAAUCCUUGUUCUCAUAAUGGUCAUCGCUCAAAUGGUGAUGGAUUUUCUCGAGAUUCAUCGAAUUGGGAGACAUAAAUGGUUAAAUAUUAUGAAAGCUUUCCCAGCCAAGUGUAUCUACAAAUGUACAUUUAUCGGCAUUCUCCUUUUGAUUCCGAUCAGAUUACUUUGCCAUGCAUCUGCUUUCUUUCUUGUUGCUGAUAACUGGAUCUCUUCAAUUUUAGUCAUCAUGACAACCCUUCAUUUUCUUUAUUACAGUAGAGCCCUCAAAUUCAUCGGUUCUUUUGUGUUGAUGAUCUACACGAUUAUCGCCACUGAUAUGAGUCGUUUCUUCUUGAUCUACUCGAUUUUUCUCAUCGGAUUCUCACAAUCUUUUUAUCUGAUUUUCACAUCAUGCGAACGGGCACAAAGCGUUUACAACAACGCAACAAAUGUGACGGGCAUUGACGAGUUUCAAAAUGUUCUCAAACAUCCAAGUGAUGCACUCGUGCGCACAUUCAUCAUGACUGUCGGCGAAUUCAUGCAACUCUAUCGCCAGAUGGCUUUGUGCAAAUCGAAUCUGAUGAAGCUGAUUGGAAAAUUAUGCUUUGUGAUAUUCGAAAUGGGAGUUUCCAUUUUGCAAUUCAAUCUUUUGAUCGCCAUGAUGACGAGGACAUAUGAGACAAUCUUUCAGACAAGAAAAGAAUGGAAAAGACAGUGGGCUCUCGUCAUUUUAAUGCUCGAGCUUUCCCUUUCCCCAAAAAGUCGUCUCCGUCAUUUGAUGGACUAUUCUCGGCCGAUCGGCGCAAAUAAAGGACUGAGGAGUUACGUUGUGAGCAAGAAAUCUGAUAGUGGAACCAGCGACACCUUGGCUCAAGUGAAAAAGGAGAAAACGGCAAUGAUGAAAGAAGAGAAUAAAGCGUUACUCAAAAGGAAAUUGAGGGAAGCUGACCAAAGACGAUGUUCAGAGGCGUGGAAUCUGAGAGUUCGCCCGUUGCCACCUCGAUCAUUGCCAUUAAGCAUGAAAGCAAGUAUC